AUGAAAGAUCACCUAUUGAAUUUAGUACUCCCCAUACUUAUCAUAAUGGAUUGGAGCGAGGGAAAAGUUUUUACGGUCACCAAAAUGGAUUGCCGAACCUUGGAUCCUUCGUUUACAUAUUUUAAAACAUGUAAAGUGGUGCGCGGGGAAAAUGGUCGAGCUGCCCUUUUUGUAAAUGAGGUGUUCCUCUACAAAGAUCCCAUUGAUGAUAUCAUUCUAAACCUGGGAAUAUUUAAAAUUGUCAAAAAUCGUCGCUUUCAGUUUCUAAAUGAAACUUUGGACUACUGCCUUUUUAGUAGGAAGUUUUUAGCCAGUGGAGUUUUUGGAUUUCUGAUGACACCCCUGAUGAGAAUGUCCAAUGUGAACGCCACCUGUCCGCUGCAGCAAAACAUAACAUUUAAUGGUUUUCCCAUCGAUGAAAACACUAUUAAAGAAAUUCCAAUUCCGAAUGGUGUUUAUAUGUUCCAAAUGCGAGCAUCCAUGAUGAAGAAAUGGAGAACGGACGUGAAAGUCUACGUCACUCGAGUCGAUAAGUAUUCGGAAUAA